AUGGCAGAUAUCGAAGAGAUUAUUAAUUUGUAUGUACAAAUACCCACUUUCCAUCUUGAUUUUAAGCCUAUUUUAGAUAAAAUGCCACCAAGCCUAGUCAAAAGAGCUUUUGAUCAAUUACUUAAUAUGAGGCUCGAUCCUGUUGCAAAACUUCGAAAAUAUUUUGUUUAUAGUAUAGAUAUUAGAACACAGACAGAAAAUAGUGAUUAUUUAGAUAAAGCAAUACAAACUGAUAAAACAAUCCAAACAGAAUAUAUUAAUUUCUUAAAGCAAAUUAAAGAAGCUAAAUUAUUAUUAACCAAUACAAUUAUCAUUCUAUCCAAUAUUUAA